CAUUCACACGAGUGAUUCUCUCCCAGCUGACACCAGGAGUAUUUCAGAUUUCACACUUUUCCAAAAAAAAAAAGCCGGGACCAUGAUGAUCCCCAGCGUCUUCGCGCCUCCUGCCUUCUACCCGGGGCUGUACCGUCCCGCCGCGGCUCUGCCCCUCCACCACACCCUGCCGUCCGCCUUCCAGACCCACUCCAGCUUCCUAGUGGAGGACCUGCUGCGCAUAAGCCACCCGGCCGCCUUCAUUAACCGGACUGUUCCUUCAGCCAGCGCCUCCCUGCCCACUGCCACCACCACCUUGUCCUUCAGCUGCGCGUCCGCGGAACGCGCCUUGGCCGCGGCCGCGCUGACGCGUGAAUCUUGCUCCCCGAAAACGUCGCUGCCGAACAGCAAGGACCCAACUUUUCUCAAGUUUGGAGUGAGCGCCAUCCUCGCACCUUCACCAAAGAGCGUCUCCUCACACCCUACAAUCCACAGCCUGCACUCCAAGACCUUCCCCUUCCCCUGCUUUGACGGGACCUUCCACCCCAUAUUCAGGACGCCUUAUUUACCAGCAUCUGCAUCCGUUGUUCCCAUCCCCGGGACCUUUUCAUGGCCCCUCGCCGCCAGAGGGAAACCCCGGAGAGGGAUGCUGAGGAGGGCGGUGUUCUCCGACGUGCAGCGCAAGGCCUUGGAGAAGAUGUUCCAGAAACAGAAAUACAUCAGCAAGCCCGACAGGAAGAAGCUGGCUUCCAAACUGGGCCUAAAAGACUCACAGGUGAAAAUCUGGUUCCAGAACCGGCGGAUGAAGUGGAGGAACUCCAAGGAACGGGAGCUGCUGUCCUCCGGCGGCUGCCGCGAGCAGACGCUGCCCACCAAAGCCAACCCUCACCCGGACCUGAGCGACGUGGGCAAGAAGUCCUCCGCCGAGGAAGAGGAGGAGGAGGAAGAGGAGUUUGUAAGAGCGAGAGUGAGGUCGGCGGGGUCCAGCGUCUCCUCUCCGUCUUUGUCCAGUAAGCACUCAGACUUCUCAGAGUCAGACGAAGAAGAAAUAACAGUAUCUUAAUUUAUUUAAAUAAAAAAAAAAUAAAAAAGCAAAUAUAGAGAUAUAACCCAUGUUUUUUGUUUUUCUAUGAGACUGUGAUCAGAUUUGUAAGAAACAAACAAACCCAUAAAUGUCAUUGUUCAAAACUUUCACUCGAGCUUGUUGCUUCGUCAGGAUUUGCUUCUGAGAUACAAUUUGCUGUUUUGCACAGCUUUGUUCAAUUGUACAGUAUUUUGUACAAUUUUGUAUGGAAAUUUUAUGCCAAGAAUAUUGUGUUACUUUUGCCUUGACCUUGAAUAGAGUUGUUUAUUGGAAAAAAAUGUAGCUAUUUCGUUAAUAAUUUAUAUGAAUCUGUUUAAUAAGUGUGUUGUAUUAUGUGCUGUAUAUAUGUUUAUUUCACAUUUCUUUUGUACAAACACCAAAUAAAAUUGUA